AUGGCUCUCUUCACUUUGGCCACCGUCGCUGCUGCUGCUGUAUCAUUUUCUGGCGUCGCUGCUGCGGGCAAGACUCCCGCCGGUGUCAUCUCCGUCCCGUUAUCUCGCGAUGAGGGCCUGACGGCGUACUAUGCCAAGCUGCAGGUUGGCACACCGCCGCAGACUGAGUAUCUCAAGAUCGACACCGGCAGCCCGCGAUAUUCUUUCCUUGACCCCCGCAAUGAAGUCUGCAAAAAGCAGGGAAAUAACUGCAAAACCUUUGGCACUUUCAACAACAAAACAUCCAAAACAUCCCGCUACGCAGGUUCAGGCUUCGCUGACGCGCUGGGCUACGUUGGUCAGGGCGAUUAUCUCACUGACACAGUUGUUAUCGGUGGUAUUUCUACUAAGAACAUGUACUUUGGCAUCACAUCCGAUUAUAGUUUCCCCGACAAGCUCAGCGGUGACAUCUACACAAUUCUCGGUUUAUCGUUGGAGUGCGGUUAUGCCGGGCCCAAGUGCACUGAUAGGUUCUCCUCGUAUAUGCUGCCGGAGUUGAAGAACGCCUCUAAGGUCAACUACCUUGCGUCGAGCAUCUACCUCGGACCCGACGACAAGAAGGCUGCCAAUGCCAGGAUGCUCCUUGGCGGAGCGUAUGACAAAGCCAAGAUUGACGGUGAUCUCAUCACUGUGCCUAUGGUCGAUCCUUUCAGUAAUGAACUCACCGGUGGCCAGACCAACUCGGUCAACGUCACUUCAGUCGAGGUAUUCCUCACCAAGGGUAACAACCGCACAAAAGAAACAUACGGAAAGAAGAAUGUCGGUCUUCCCGUGUUGCUUGAUACUGGUGUUGCGAGCUGGUACCUCACGGACAAGACUAUGCCUCCUAUUCUCCGCGCUUUUGGUGCCAAGGAACAGCCUUUUGGCCAGCAAUACUUCGUGGUUGACUGCAAGUACGCUGACUCCAAGCGCAACGACGGGUACAUUGCUGUUGAGUUUGGCGUUCACGGCACGAUCAAGGUUCCGCUCCACGGCGUGGUGUCGAAGUUUCCCGGUGGCACUUGUGGAGUAUUCGCCGCUUCUCGAGGGUACCCCGUGUCUAUCUUUGGUGACCCUUUCCUGCGCAACGUGUACAGCAUCUUUGACCAGCAGAAGUUCUCCAUCUCGAUGGGUAAGGUGAAGCAUACUUCUGAAGAGAAUAUUGUGCCUUUCCCCAAGGGAGGCUUCAAGCCAAGUCACUAUUGA